AAAUGAUUAGAGCCCAGACGUAUAAAGCAAUAGCAGACAAAACGUUCAUUUCUUUAUAGAAUAUCAAGAAACAUAUAUUAACUUUGGCCAUUUAUUUUUAGUUAUUGCUUUCAGUCUAUAAAUGACAGCACAAGAAUACAAAUUUUAUAAUUUUAUAUUUUCACAUUUCUUUCAGGUUAUUCUGUGUAUUAAAUAAUUACUACCGAGUUGGAUAUAUCAAAAUAAAUAGUCGUCAAAAUUCAUCUGAAAAUAUAUUAAAUUAAUUAAUUAACUUUUCUGUUUUUAUUUAGUAAAAAAUUGGGCUUCAAAUAACAUCGCAUGCAAGAAAUCAAAUGUUUAUACAUACAUACUUAAAAUCUCCUUAUAUUCUUUAUAUUUUGGGUACGUGAAUAAUAAACGUUUAGGUCAUCAAUAACCUUAUUCUUAAAACCAUUUUUAUUUCAUCCCUGUUUAGGAAUAAUAGGAAUUUUGUCAUGUGUAGAAAUCUUGUGUUGGGUCUGCUAUUGCUGUAUAUGCCUGUGUAAUAGUUGUAAAUUGUUAACGUUUCAGUAUUAAUUAGUUUUUUUUUUACUUCAUUCUUAUUUAGUUUUAAUUAUAUUUUGAAGUAACUUUUAUGUACAUUUAAAGUAAAUGUAUAUUGUUUACAUUAGAAAGAGCAAAGAAUAGUAAAGUUGCUUUUUAUUUUAAAUAUUUUUCUGUCAAUGUCAUUAAUUUAACAUUGUCAUUUGUCAUUGCUCCUGUGUCGGAGGCUGUUGUUAAUCUUGUAGAAAUAAUAAAAAUAAAUAAAUAGAAACAGGGUCAUAACAAUCAGAUUUUCAAAAUGCCGAUUAACUUGCAAGGAGUUCGUCAGUAUUUAAGCGAGUUAAGGAAUUCUGGGGGCUUGCAUAAGGACCAAGCUGAAAAAUAUCGCAAUGUACUCAUGGAAAUACUAAAAAGCACUGAAACGGAGUUGGCUGAAUCAUUAAAAGCUUUUGUGGAAGCAAUUGUGAAUGAGAAUGUGAGCCUGGUUAUAUCCCGUCAGCUUCUGACAGAUGUGAGCACUCAUUUGGCGCUGUUGCCUGACCUUGUCUCCCAGGAAGUCUCACACUUUGCUCUCGACGUCAUACAGCCCCGAGUCAUUUCCUUUGAAGAACAGGUGGCCAGUAUCAGACAACAUUUGGCUGAUAUUUAUGAAAGGAAUCAAAACUGGAAGGAAGCUGCCAAUGUACUGGUUGGGAUACCACUGGAGACUGGACAGAAACAAUACUCAGUAGAUUAUAAGCUAGAGACUUAUUUGAAAAUUGCUCGAUUGUACUUGGAGGUUGAUGACCCAGUGCAGGCCGAGGCCUUCGUCAACAGAGCAUCACUCCUGCAGGCUGAGACCACUAAUGAACAACUACAGAUCUACUACAAAGUUUGCUAUGCUAGAGUCUUGGAUUACAGAAGGAAGUUCAUAGAAGCGGCGCAGAGGUACAAUGAGUUAUCAUACAGGAACAUUAUCCAUGAAGACGAGAGGAUGACGUGUCUGAGGAAUGCUCUCAUCUGCACUGUAUUAGCGUCAGCAGGACAACAGCGUUCCAGAAUGUUAGCUACCUUAUUCAAAGACGAGAGAUGUCAACAGUUACCAGCAUAUUCUAUUUUGGAGAAAAUGUACCUGGAUCGGAUCAUCAGGCGCUCGGAGCUGCACGAGUUCGAAGCCCUAAUGCAGACGCAUCAGAAGGCAACGUGUCAUAUUUAUCAUUCGGCAACCACAUCAGAUGGAACAACAAUCCUGGACCGUGCAGUUUUUGAGCAUAAUCUCCUCUCCGCUAGCAAGUUAUACAAUAAUAUAACUUUCGAAGAAUUGGGCGCUUUGCUCGAGACACCGCCAGCUAAAGCCGAGAGGAUCGCUAGUCACAUGAUUAGUGAAGGUCGGAUGAACGGAUACAUUGAUCAGAUUAGCUCUGUUGUACAUUUUGAAACCCGUGAGAUUCUACCACAGUGGGAUAAGCAGAUACAGAGCCUAUGCUACCAAGUGAACAGCUUGAUUGAGAAAAUAGCUGCUGCAGAGCCAGAGUGGAUGGCUAAGCUUAUGGAGGAAGAAAUGAUCCAAUAGCAUUAAUAUUCACUGAUAUGUCUACUGUUCUUACUAAUAUAUGCUUUACAAUACAA